AUGCGGACAGAUUGCGUCCAGUAUCUUGAAGGUCCAGUCUUUACAGCGCUGGAAGACUCGUGGAGCUUGCCGACGGACCUACAUUCGCAGAGGUAUAUCUAUGGAGAAUCCUGCAUCGUUGUGAGCAAUGUCUUUUUUAGUCUAUUUGCACAAUCCAGUGCAAAAACCUUCUCUGUACCUAUGCGGUUUUGCUUGGUCAAAGCCGUUCCCACUAUACGCGUCUUUGUCCAUCACUUCUCAAUUCCUUUUGAUUGUCCGCGACACAAGCGACACUGCACUUUCAAGACAGUCCGCACUUUGUUUCAGUUCUGCGGGCAAGUGAAAGCAAACAUGCACGGCGCCAAGCGUAAACGCGGUGAUGUAUCACCUUCACCCACACCUCGAUCAAUCAGCUCAGCAACGCCAGCUGAGACUGAUUCUCGCCCCUCAACACUUUCCCCAGAUCCUGAAGAUUACUCGCAGAAGCAUCCAAAGGUCUCCGAGGCCUUUGCUUGCUGGCCCAAUGCUCGAAAGGUAACGAGGGAGGAAGUGCAAAAGAUGCAGUCUUUCCGCGAAACCCCAGACGUGCUCGACGCACGCGAUCGUCAAGCACACAUCUAUGCCAACACUAGGCGUAUGAUGCAUGUUCGCACGAAGAGGAUGCUUGCGCUUGCUUUGCGCGAUUAUCAGCGACAUCAUCACGUGCCAACGAGGCGCACGAAACCUCCACUGCACAAGCGUCGUUACAGUAUCGACGUUCACAAAGGCUUCGACAGAGAUAGAGUCAAGCGGGCACGCGACCGCAGGCUCAUUGAGCGUUUCCAAGGAGCCACACAAGAGAGACCAUGGGAAUUCGAGAGCGUCCCCACGCACCAUGAGCUCGAGCGUGCACCUUUCUCCACGCCUCCCCUUGGCUUCCCAAACCCAGCUCGCUUCGUGGAGUUUCAGUAUCGCGACGGCGCCUUCACGGACCCGCCUUUCACGGACGACACGUACCUCAGCCACGAGCUCGUCAGCAUCACAAACAAGCAGUGGCACUACAUGCUCCACACGACAGGCGAAGAAUGCUGGAUGCAAGACGACGGCCUCGACGCAUCGCUCUCCGUGCUCGCGGCCUCGACAAACUGCGCCGCGAACGGCAUCACAGUCGGCAACAGCGUCGACACGCAGCUCCUGUACCGCGAUCUCGCAAGCGCGCAGCAAAACAGCGCCGCCAAAUUUCUCAGCGCGACAUGGAUCUUCAUCCCGCUCAACGACGGCAUCGACGCCGCCUCCAACGCGAACGCCAACGGCUCGCACUGGAGCCUGCUCGCCUUCGACCGCCCGCACCGGCACUGCCACUACUUUGACUCGACCGGGGUGCAUGACACACGGCGCAGUGGGCUCGCACGCAUAAUCUUCGAGCGCAUGUGUGUGCUGCUGGGCGAACGGGCGUGGAGCUGGCGCGCGCACCCCGAGACUAACACGCCGCUGCAGCAUCGUGACAACCUCUUCCGGGCCGACGACGGGCCGUGCGCGCCCUUCGUGUACAGCAUGGUGCGCUACCUGGUUGACAAGGUUCACUUCCACCUGCGGGCCGGGAGCGCGGAGCAGAUGUGGUUCAACCUGCCCGACGGGUUUCCGGCGUGGUGGGCGCAGUGGUGGGAUUCGUACGCCGUGCGCGUGGAAAUGCAGCGCAGCGUUGCACUGGCAAAGAUGGAUGGUGUCGCUGCAAGGCUCAUCGGGGCGCACGACGACGCUGCUCUGCCCCAGGGCGUGCAGGUAAGCGAUGAGCCGCUGCGACGGGUGCUUAUACCGCCCUGCUACGGACGGACACUGGAUCUGGAGAACGACGAUGAGUGGCCUGCGCUGCGGCGCGCGAGCUCACCGGUCGAGACAUCAGACGUCGAGAGAUCAGACGUCGAGACAUCAGAUGUCAAGGAUGGGCGCGCUUCCUCCGUAUCUACUCUCGACGCCGACGAGGGGGUGCCGAGUACCUCCCUGGCAGGGGAUCAGGAGGUGUAUACAAUUCGUUGCAUUGGCUACGACGCCGGGGUCGUUUCCACGACGGCCACCGCAGCGCAGGAGGAUGGCUGGGGAUGA